AUGUCUUCAGACACCCCGACAAAACUCGUGAGCGAAAAGCAAAACGAGGGCCGCCUGCUCCUUGUCUCCAACCGUCUGCCCAUCACCAUCAAGCGCGCAGAUGAGGGCAAGUACGAGAUGUCCAUGUCCUCUGGAGGACUGGUGAGCGGUCUGAGCGGACUUUCAAAGACCACCACCUUCCAGUGGUAUGGGUGGCCCGGUCUCGAAGUUCCAGAGGACGAGGUUAGCGGCCUCAAGGACCAGCUGAAGAGCGAGUACAACGCCGUCCCCAUCAUGCUCGACGACGAGCUCGCAGACCGCCACUACAACGGAUUCUCCAACGCCAUCAUGUGGCCGCUCUUCCACUACCACCCUGGAGAGAUCACUUUCGACGAGUCGGCCUGGGAGGGCUACACCGAGGCCAACCGUCUUUUCGCAAAGGCAGUCGCUAAGGAUGUACAAGACAACGAUAUGGUCUGGGUCCACGACUACCACCUUAUGCUCAUGCCUGCCAUGUUGCGUGAAGAGAUUGGCAACACGAAGAAGAACGUCAAGAUUGGCUUCUUUCUCCACACACCUUUCCCAUCCUCGGAGAUCUAUCGUAUUCUGCCUGUCCGUAAUGAGAUCCUCCUUGGUGUACUUCACUGCGAUUUGAUCGGUUUCCACACAUAUGAUUACGCUCGCCACUUCCUGAGCAGCUGCUCGCGCAUAUUGGGUCUCGCUACCACACCAAACGGUGUCGAGUUCCAGGGCAAGGUUGUUACGGUUGGCGCGUUCCCCAUUGGUAUUGACCCUGAGAAGUUCGACGAGGGUCUCCAGAAGCCUAAGGUCCAGGAGCGCAUUGCGGCGCUCGAGAAGAAGUUUCAGGGCGUCAAGCUGAUUGUCGGUGUCGACCGCCUGGACUACAUCAAGGGUGUGCCACAGAAGCUGCACGCCCUUGAGGUCUUCCUCACCGAGCACCCCGAGUGGAUCGGCAAGGUGGUCCUUGUCCAAGUCGCUGUUCCCUCGCGCCAGGAUGUUGAAGAGUACCAGAACCUUCGCGCCGUUGUCAACGAGCUCGUCGGCCGCAUCAACGGCAAAUUCGGCACUAUCGAAUUUAUGCCUAUCCACUUCAUGCACAAGUCGGUUUCUUUCGACGAACUUAUUGCUCUCUACUCCGUUUCCGACGUCUGCCUUGUCUCUUCGACAAGAGAUGGCAUGAAUUUGGUAUCCUACGAGUACAUUGCGACGCAAGAGAAGCGCCAUGGUGUCAUGAUUCUGUCUGAGUUCACAGGUGCUGCCCAGAGCUUGAACGGCAGUCUCAUAGUCAACCCCUGGAACACCGAGGAGCUGGCCGAUUCCAUCCACGACGCGGUCACCAUGGGCGACGAGCAGCGCAACCUCAACUACCAGAAGCUGUCCAAAUAUGUCAGGAAGUACACCAGCGCAUGGUGGGGCGAGUCGUUCGUCAAGGAGCUUAGGAGGAUCUCCGAGACUGCAGACCGCAAGGUGCGCUUCAAUACUCCCAAGGUCGAGGACACUUCUGCCGUCGCCGACGAUAGCACCGUAGGCACCGCAGACGUUAAGGAAGAUACUGCCCCCAGCAAGGACAAAGAGUCAGACCCUUCGCAGGCGGUCGAGCAGCAACAGAAGAACAAGCAGAGCCAAGACCUGCCUAUCCGCACUAAGGAGGCCGAAGCGUGA